AUGGUAAUAACAAUAUACUGUCAUACGCCUAAAAAUAAUUCGGACGUUAUAGUGACUUAUUCGGGGCACGCUGAAGCUUUAAAUCCAGCACCCAUUCUGAAACCAAGCACCGUGGAGCCAGAAACCACCCGAAAAGAGAUCGCAACUGAAUUUAUUUACACAACACAAUUUAAAUAUUCAAAAAGAACGACGCCAUUUUACGAUGAAGACACGGAUAGUGUUGUAUUCGUGCCUAAUGAGAAACCGAUUUAUCGGAACAGGGAUACCGAUUUUAUGGAACACGACGACGACAGAAUGAGUAUUAAAGAUGUUUUAACGAAAGGAAAGAGCAUUAAUGAUGUGUUAAAUGAUAAGAGAAUUAUAAUUGAAACAGGUAGAGUAUUAUUUUUAAUUAAUACUUUAUGCACAUUUAAAGUACAAUGGCGGACUUAAUCCCUUACGCAAUAUCUACCCGUCUACGUAAGUAUGAUGUGGGGAAACCAAUGCGAGUUGGGUGCACAAUUAAAAUAAAGAUUUUUCAACAAAUAUAUACUUAAUUGCCUUCCUCCAGCGGCUUCGCUCGCAUGAUCUAGUUGUAAGUCCAGAAAUGAGACAAAUCCCCUAAUUUACCCCUUAGAAACGAAUUUCAUAAAAUCCCGUCUUAGUGAGCACCUACGUCCUAAAAAGGACCCGCAUGCGAAAUUUGAAACUCCUGGCAAUUGUAGUAUUUGAGAUUUCGUGGUGAGUGAGCAGGUUAAAGUAGAUAAUGUUUUUACUAUGUCUCGGGUCUUGGUGUCGUGAUAUCUUUUCUGUUUCAGUUUUUUUAUAAUACUCUGUACUGAGCUGUUUGUAACGUAAUCUUAAAAUAAAUGAUAAAUUUAAUAA